AUGGGAUCAGACUUGAAGCGAAAAGAAGCUCGAAAGAGGAAGUUCGAAGGCCAGCACAGCGAAUCUUUACUUGAUGCGGGCGUCAAAUCGGGCUUGGAAGGCACAUCAGCCGGCGGGCCACUACAGAAGAAGUCAAAUCAAGCGCCUCCACCACCAUCUUCUUUAGAAAGAAUUCCUACGGCUGAGAAGAUUGCGACUCGCAAGGUUGCGGUCGUAGACGAGUCCACGGACCAGGGGAAAGAAGAAGAAUCAGCAACCCAAAAGGCCCAGAGAUUCAUCGUCUUCAUUGGCAAUCUACCUUACACUGCAACGGAUGAGUCAGUAAGCAAGCAUUUUGCGAAGAUCAAUCCUAAAUCAAUCCGUCACCGCAAAGAAAAAGGUACAGAAAAGUCUAAAGGCUUCGCAUUCCUGGAAUUUGAAGGGUAUGAUCGAAUGAAGACAUGCUUGAAACUUUACCACCAGUCCGAUUUCGAAGACGGGGAAUCUCCCGCGAGGAAGCUGAAUGUGGAGCUAACGGCCGGCGGUGGUGGGGGUAAAAGCAAGGACCGGAAAAGUAAACUUCGAGCGAAGAACGAAAGACUGAAUGAACAGCGAAAGCGAAGAAAUCAAGAAGAGGAGAAACGAAAAAAGGUUCCACAGAAAGAUUCCCAACCUACACAUGCGCUGGGCAACAACGGCGAUAUACACCCAAGCAGGAGGAGCAGAGUAGCCACAGACUCGCUUAAUCUUUGA